AUGGACAGCUAUCUGUUUCUCAGCCUCAGCCAAUCAGCAGCAGCAAUUGCUUCAACCUCAACAUCAAUCACCUUCUCAGUUAGCUCAAAUGAUUUCACAGCAGAAAAAAACUCUUCAGCCAAUCAGCAGCAGCAAUUGCUUCAACCUCAACAUCAAUCACCUUCUCAGUUAGCUCAAAUGAUUUCACAGCAGAAAAAAACUCUUCAGUUGCCUUGGCCUUGGAUUAUCCCAGAGACGGUUGCCAACACCCCUGCUAUACCAGCAGUGGGAGAUGUGCCUCCUGUUACUUCUGCUGCUUUAGCUGUUCCGAUAGCAAACCGGGCUGUAGCUCCUGCAAAAUGUAAUUGGACAGAACACACCUCUCCUGAUGGUUACAAGUACUCUUAUAAUAGUACAACUGGUGAAAGCAAAUGGGAAAAACUGGAGGAGCUUACAUUAUAUGAACAGCAGCAGCAGAAACCAUCAGUUCAACAGCCCCAGACGCUGUCUCAUCCUCAAGGUCUGUUCACAGCAAAUUCCUCAGACACAACAAAUGCAGCUCCCAAUACAACAUCAGACACAGCUUCAAAACCAGCUUCGACACCCUCAGCAGUUGGUCCCAACUUCUCAAUCUUCAUUGACUCCAAGGGCUGCGGGGCGCCAAAAUAUUCAGGAAUUUGGCUAUACACAAUUACCUGGAUCAACUAG